AUGGUAGACGCUGGUCCGCCACCCAACCGGCCGACCAGCCGAAUUGGCAGUGAAAGUACCGCACCAUUGCCUUCGCACUAUCAGGAUAGCAAUUACUUGGAGGAAGACAAAUACACGCCCGGAUUCGUGACGUUGGGACAAAAGUACAGCAUAGCCGUCGGCUCGACGGUGGUGUUGCCGUGCAAAAUUAAUGAGACAGAAAACUCCGGCCAGUAUGUGCUCGCGUGGAAACGGGGCACGGCCGUGCUGACGGCGGCAUCUGUCAAAGUCACCGUCAACCCCCGGAUACGGCUGAUGCCGGUGCAGGGUCAGGCCGACCAACCGUCGGGCAGCCUCUCGUCCGGCUACAAUCUGGAGAUCCGGGACGUGAAAACGACCGACAACGGAAGCUACAUCUGCCAGAUUGGCUCGAUGGAACCGAAGGAAAUUGUCCACCAGUUGGAGGUGCUGGUCCCACCCACAAUCAUUGGUGUCUCACCGGAGAGCCGAAAGCUGGACAUCCACAAGGGAAACCCGGUCCAGCUGGCGUGCAAUGCUACCGGAAAUCCACAGCCGAAAAUCAUCUGGUCCAGACGGAACAACCUCCUGCCGACCGGUGAACCGAACAAAACCGGCAACGCGUUCCUGGUGCCGCAUGCCAACCGUCACAGCAGUGGACAUUACAAAUGCACCGCCGAUAACCGGGUCGGCCAACCAGACAGCCGGGAAAUCGUGGUCAACGUGCUCUACCCACCGGAAAUCGAAGUGGAGCAGCAAACCGUUCACAGCGGUGUCGGACACGAGGCCCAAUUAGUGUGCAUCGUCCACGCCGAACCGGCACCCAACGUGAUUUGGUACAAGGAGACAACCCAGCUGGGCACCACCGAGCAGCACUCGCAGCAGGUCCGGGGCAACAAGCACAGUCUCAUAAUCCGGAAUGUGACCCGCUCCGAUCUCGGCAACUACACCUGCCAAGCAUCCAACAGCCUCGGCAAGGACCGUGGCACCCUGAACCUGAGCGGUCUGCCGACGGUUUGCUACUUUGAUUCGCCAACGCUGAGCAGCUACCGGGACCAGUACAACAUCUCCUGGACAGUGCAGAGCUACUCGCCCAUCGAGGAGUACCGUCUGUUCUAUCGAUUGCAGUCCGGAUCGAAACACAACCUGCUCCACUCGCCCGUUCAUGAUAAACCGCUGGAUAAUCACAUCUACUCCCACCAGGGCUAUGGGAUGCACAGUGGCGGUAGCGGGUACAAUCCAAGUGGCAGCCACCACGGCAGUGAACAGUGGGAGAACGUCGUCAUUCCGGAGAUGUUGGGUAACUACCACGGGAUGCGCGGCGGUGGCAGCAUGUAUUAUAACAGUCCGUAUAGCUAUCAGCCCGGAAUUCGGCACCGGACAAGCUUCCAGUUGAAGAACCUCCAGCCGGGAAGCAACUAUGAGGCACGGGUUCAGGCGCGGAACGAACACGGCUGGAACCGGCUGUCGAGCAUAUUCCAUUUCAGCACGCGAUCGGAAGAUCACCGGGAUUAA